GCGUGGUAAUUUUCAAUGCACGUGUGUUUAAAAUUAAAUUAUAAAUAAUAUAAACAUAAAAGUAUUAAAGGAGUGAACGCUCAAGAGAAUAGUGGAUUAAAAAAAUAAAUAAUAUGGGCAGACCAGGAUUCUCUCCACGCGGCGGCGGUGGCGGUGGCCGUGGCGGCUUUGGUGGAGGACGAGGAGGCGGUGGCGGUCGAGGAGGUUUUGGAGGUCGUGGACGAGGUGGUCCACCACGAGGAGGUAGAGGAGGACCCCCACGAGGUGGUGGUGGUAGAGGUGGACGCGGUCGUGGAGGUGGUGGUUUCAAAGGAGGAAAAACUGUUGUAAUUGAACCCCAUCGUCAUGAAGGAGUUUUUAUUGCUCGUGGUAAAGAAGAUGCUCUUGUAACUCUUAAUAUGGUACCUGGAUCUGAAGUAUAUGGAGAAAAAAGAAUCAGUGUUGAGACUGAUGGAGAAAAAGUGGAGUACCGUGUAUGGAAUCCUUUCCGAUCCAAAUUGGCUGCUGCAAUUCUUGGUGGUGUAGAUCAAAUACAUAUGCCACCUGGUUCUAAAGUUUUAUAUUUAGGAGCUGCUUCAGGCACAACUGUUUCACAUGUGUCAGAUGUUGUUGGACCGGAAGGUUUAGUGUAUGCAGUAGAAUUUUCACAUAGAUCAGGCCGUGAUUUAAUUAAUGUAGCCAAAAAACGUACAAAUAUCAUUCCAAUCAUAGAAGACGCCAGGCACCCUCACAAAUAUAGAAUGCUUGUAGGAAUGGUAGAUACAGUAUUUGCCGAUGUCGCACAGCCUGAUCAAGCUAGGAUAGUUGCCUUAAACUCACAAUACUUCUUGAAAAAUGGAGGUCAUUUUGUAAUUUCAAUAAAGGCUUCCUGUAUAGAUUCCACGGCACAACCAGAAGCAGUAUUUGCAGCAGAAGUUAAAAAAUUGCAAGCCGAUAAAUUAAAACCACAAGAGCAAAUUACAUUAGAACCUUAUGAAAGAGAUCAUGCUGUCGUUGUUGGAGUGUUUAGGCCGCCACCUAAGAAAUAAUUAAAAUUUUUAUAAUGCUUAUAUGUAUAUUUUUUUACAUAUUAUAUGAACUGUAGCUAGA